CUCCCCCCAUUCAACCACUAGCUAGGUUUAAUGUUGCCGUGUGUUUACUACAGUAUUAGUGUAAAGGGAAUAUUCGUCUCUUUCAUGCUGUGAACUCUGCUUGUCAAAACAGAGCAUUUUUGUUUUAUUUUAAAGAAAAAAGCUAUCCAGGAGUCCAACAUGCCCAAGAGAAAGACACAGGGAGCUGAAGGGGAAGUAAAAGAAGAGCCCCAGAGAAGAUCUGCAAGGCUAUCGUUGAAACCAGCACCCCCAAAGGCAGAGGCAAAACCCAGAAAGGCAGCAAAGAAAGAGAAAGCGGUGAAUGACAAGAAGGAGGACAAAAAGACAAAGGGAAAGAAGAAGGCAGAGGAGGAGACUAAUGAGGAGAACCACUCUGAAAAUGGAGAGGCCAAGAAUGAUGAGGUUGCCGAGGCCCCAGAAGAAGCAGGGAAGGAAGAAGCAAAACCUGAGUAGCAACACCCCUAUCCAGCCUCCACCACUGAUUGGCCCCCAGGUGUCACAUGGUACCCCUAAACCUCCAUGAUGUAUUGUUAACAGAGGAAUAUUUUUAUCAACAAUUUUAUAUCACUGCAGGUUUUAGCACAAGACAAGGCUAAAUAUGGAGGACCUUGCAGUUUUGUGUCAACGAGCAAGACAAAGAAUACCAUUUUUUAAUUUUUUUUAAAUGGCAUUAUGUGGUUGUUGGUAGUUUGUUCAGUGUAGGAAAAAGAAUACCAGUUGGUAAUCUUUGAGUGUUGUCACAUGUUACGUUUCCAAAUCCAUUUCACUGCUGUAGGCUGUCAUUUUGUUUACCUUUGUGUGUGCAGUGAUUUUUUUUUUCUUGUUUUACAUUUGGGGGUUUUUAACUUUUUUCCUUUUAAAAUGGAUUGUCUAUAAGAAAGAGGAAUUGUGUAAAAGAAACUGUAAACAUUCCAGGUAGUUACGAUGUGGACUGACUUUUUUUUUUUUAAUUAUCAUGUUGAAAAUUAUUUUGAUAAAACAAAAAUGAUUGAAAAAGAAGCUUGAAGGUCAUACUGUCAGGCGUGACCUUAAAAAUGUUCUGAAAUUUUUUUCUUAACAAAUUCGAACAUCUGUGGAAAUAUGCAGUUGUCUGUGUACCAACUUUUGAGUUCUGGGUGUCUCUUAAUAAAGUAAUCUUGGAAUUUUCCUCA